AUGAGGGAGAAGACACGUGCUCAUUAUCGUUUGGUUGACGAUGUGCCAGAGGAAGUAAAAAGGCGACGACAUGAGGAGCUAGCAUCUGCGUUACGAGAAGAGUCGUUAGCAUUUCAUAAAUCACUAAUAGGGACGGAACAGCUGGUUCUUGUGGAAGGAAUCUCAAAACGAUCACCAAGUGCACUUCAAGGUCGAGCUGAUAGUGGCACAAAAGUUAUCUUUGAAAAUAUCGGUGCUUAUGAACCUGGGGAUUACGUUGUAGUGCGGGUAAGCAAUUGCUCAUCUCAGACCAUGCAAGGAGAAGCACUGAGAAAAACAACAUUACAAGAAUUCUAUAAUUAA